AUUGGAUGAUCUAUACCAUUCUUGUACUCAUCUUUCAUCUUCUUUUCUGUUUUAAGAAGAACUUUUAUAAAAACUUUUUGGGAGCACUUUAAACCACAUUACAGCUGUAUGCAGACUACAUCAGCUCAGGAGCGAUGUCAUCUCUACUUUCUCACAACAAAGAUCAGCUGCGCAUUAGAAAGUCGCUCUCUGAUGCCUCUCCAACUUCACCCAGUGCCACCACCAAGAGCCUGAGGCAUGAAAGGCUGUCUAGAUUGAACUCGUCCGGAACCACUGAUGCCUCCAAUGACACGUCGACAAACCACGCUGAGUCCUACUUCUUACGGAGGGAGAACAGACUGUCUGCAAGGAAAAAGGCGGAAGAAGAGACGGCAAACAAUGACUAUAAAAAGAUGUAUGAAAAGGCACUGGCCACCAAUCAAAGACUCAAGUCCAGGCUGGAAACAAGUAAACAGGAACUCACCAUGAUUCAGGACCAGCUACAGAGAGCACAGAAAGGAAAGCCAGGAGAUUGUACGUCUAACAUGCUCGAGACAGAAAAAAAGGAAAGUUGGAGUCUAAAAAAGAGGAUAUCAGAUAUGGAAGAACAGUUGAAGGUUAAAGCAGAGCUUAAGAUGGAGAACCAGAGACUGAAGGAUGAGAAUGGAGCUUUAAUCCGGGUCAUCUCUAAACUGUCCAAGUGAGACAGGGAGGAUGAGAAGAAGAGGGACGGAUUCCAGAAGCUGUUUUUCUUCCUACAUUCAUCUUAUCAACAGAAAUUUUCCAGAAAGAAUGUAUGUAUGUACUGUACAUAGUUUUCCAGUCAUUUCAGAAACCUGCCUCAGCAUUUUUCCCCCAUUGUCUAUUGAUUAACAAACAUUUGCAGGGAUAAAGACACAUUUCACAUCAGUUAUGAAAGCUUUCUGUUACUGUAUUAGAUCUACGGUAGUGACACAUUCCCAGACACAACAUUAAAAUUCAUAUUGUAUAUUCAGUUUAAUAUUUCUACAUAAAAAAUAAAGGAAAA